AGACUGGCUUCAGGAGCCUGAUCCUUUUGGCUCAUCUUGAAGUACCUGGGAUUACAGGUGACAGUUCCUUCUUUCUACGUACCUGGCUCAUGACCCCACUUCAUGUUCCUGAAACUCCAGCGGAGUAUCGCUACAAUAGGGCCCAUUCUGCAACUCACAGUGUGAUGGAGAAGACUUUGCAAACCCUCUGCUCUAGGUUCCGAUGCCUGGAUGGAUCGAAGGGAGCACUGCAGUACUCACCGGAGAAAUCCAGCCACAUCAUCUUGGCUUGUUGUGUCCUUCAUAACAUUUCUCUGGAACACGGGAUGGAUGUCUGGUCCUCUCCAGUGACUGGACCCAUUGAACAGCCACCUGAGGGCGAGUAUGAGCAAAUGGAGUCGCUAGACUUAGAGGCUGACCGAAUGCGGCAAGAGCUGAUGCUCACUCAUUUUAGUUAGUGUGGAAGAGGGAGGAAGGAGGGAGACUUUCUAGAAUGAAGUAGGAGAACUUUUCCCCUUACCAUCCCAUCACCAAGUUCUGUCAUUCAGUGUGACUGAAUGUGCACUACUGUCAUAAGCUAACGUUUAACAUUUUAGAAGGGGAAGGGGGGGGGGAAGGCAUGCCAGCCCUUGCACUGUGUCAGUUAGACUGAAACCAAGACAGUGUUUCCCUAAUAUUCAGUGAAUCCCAGGCUGUGCACUACUCUUUAGAAAGUUCACUGGUUGCAACAGUAAAAUCAUAGUAAAGUAGAAAACAGCAUAUAUCCAAA